UCAGUCUUCUGACACUGCACGAUUUGUUUGCACGCGCGCCCUAAACAUCGCAUCGUACCGCACCGCUCGAUUUUUAUUUCCAGACUAUAACGUCGUUUGGUCCGUAUCGUUUGCUCGACGCCGCGGCUCUGAUCGCGUGCGCGCACAUGACACUAUCCGUCGCUCGUCAUUAUCGUUUUAUAUUUUCUAUCGACUCGUUCAAGUUAUUUGUGAUUUUGUGUUUUUAAUCCCAUCUCCUUAAAAUGGUGACCAAAUCGCUGAACGGACCUAGUUUCACCAUCAACCACAUAUUGGGCCGUCUGGAUGUGGACGACGAACGGGAUUGCAAGAGCCCCGGACCGUCGACAUCCCGAUCGUUCACCACCGGCAGUGAGGCCAGCGACUGUAGUGGUGAUGACUGUCUUUGCGCACCGGUCGACUACAGCACGCGGCCGGGCGGCAGCCCUUCACCGCCAGCGACGCCCGGUGACAUGCACCACCAUCACCGCGGUGGCCAUCACCACCAGCACCAAAACAGGCGCCCGCAUCCCCCGUCACCGGUCACGAUUGAAAUUAAACCGGAAGAGGAUGAUGACGAUGACCUACCAAUAAAGGGUGACAAGUCACCGCAGCAGGACGAUGCUUGCAAGAACAAGGAUGAAACGGCCACUACGCCGCCAGUCGACGACAAAAACAAAAAGCCCAACUAUAGUUAUAACGCUCUGAUCAUGAUGGCCAUAUCGGAAAGCCCUCAGAAGCGACUCACGCUCAGCGGCAUUUAUGAGUACAUCAUGAACAAGUUCCCGUUCUACCGGAUGAACACUCCCGCAUGGCAGAACAGUAUACGACACAAUCUUUCGCUGAACAAGUGCUUCGUCAAGAUUCCUAGGAGCUUUGACGACCCGGGUAAGGGUAACUAUUGGAUGAUCGACCCAAACAGCAGCGAUGUGUACAUCGGCGGCACCACCGGCAAGCUACGGCGACGGUCCACACAAUCUUCCCGGCACCGCAUCGCGUACCGACCACCCAUGCCACCUCACGGCGUGGUCAUGCCACCGUCACCACACCAUCACCAUCACCAUCAUCACCACGCAGCCGCUGCAGCUGCAGCCGCGGCCGCCGCCUUCUACCAUCACCGCGGAGGGCCGCCACACCACCCAGUAGCCAGCGCAUCCGGCUGGCCCGGAGUGGCCGAUUACCCGUCCGCCGCGGCCGCUGCGGCCGGCUUCGACUACCUACACCAGUACUUCUGGCCGCCAUCCGUCGCGACGUCCACCAGCGCUUACCAGCAGCGGCCGUCACCGUCACCGCCCGCCACCUCCACCGGUUACUCGAUCAGUCAGCUGCUCAGGCCCACCUUACAAGUGCCGCCCAAGAGGCCCACGGCUGUCAUGCACCCCGCGGCCGCCGGCGCCCUUCUGCAAGCUACCAUGAGCAGACACCACCAUCUGCAGCAGCAGUAGUAGACGCGAUGUAAGAGAGAAAAAUUAUUUUUCUUUUCAAAGUUACCCUAAAAGUGUGUCACACACAUGUACAUAAUAUUAAAAUAUUAUUACGCCGUUUCGGCGAUUGACUUCUGUGCUAGGUACACUAUUUUAUUUUCGUUUCGUUUUAUAUAUUAUAGUUAUGAUCUCUUUCUCGAAAAAAAAAAAAAAAACUAUAAUAUUAUUAUCAUUAGGUACAUAAUAUUAUAUUUACGUCGUUCACACGUAUAAUAUAAUGAUCUGUGUACCAUGUAUUGUGUAAUACAUGUUAAUGUUGAUAUUACUGUUUAUUUCGUUUAGAUUUUAAAAAUAAUUCACCACAAUUUCAGACGAGAGAAAUUUUUAAAAUUUCUCAAAUCCAUGUUUUGAAUUUUUUUUCACCUCUUCACUUUACAUGAUAUAAAUAUUGUAUAUGUUAUGUGUCUAUGUUCUAGUCACACGAGAUCGGCCUAUAUAUAUAUAUACGUAUACGCGAAACGCGAGUAUAUUUAGGUGCAUUAUAUGUUAUAGGUAUAUUUAUAAUAAAAUACAAAGAUAUAGGUUUUGCGUGAUGCUUAUAUGAAUAUGUUUCCUAUGUAUAUUAUAUUAGUAUAUAAUAUAGUUAUAUUAUUACGUAUUGAUAUUUAUAAUAA